AUGAUUGAGACAUUUUAAGAAGAAUUUAAUACAAAAUAAAACAUAUGGAUUAAUAUCUCUAUGUAUAUCAUACUUUUAAGUAAAUCAUUAGUCUAAUAUUUUAUUUAGCUUUGUAUUUUUGUUUUUAUUUUAUAUUUAGAAGGAGAAACUAGACUUUUUUAUUGGAUAUGCUUUUCUUUAUUUACUUUAUUUCUAAAUGCUUAUAUUAAACCAUUUUUUUAAAACCUUCUGAUUAUUUUGGGAUUAUUUAUUUACUCAUAUUUUUUCAUCUAUUUUAAGGAACCUUUAAAUAGAAACAACUUAAAAUUAUACUUCCAAUUAUUUUGUUCGCUCAUCUUGUUUAUUAAAUUACUUAAGAAGAAAAUCAAAAUAAAAAUUCGCAUACAAUCUCUUUCGUGUUUUAAAUCUUAUUUUUUAUAAUUGCUUUAUUCAAUGAAAUUUAAAUCUAAAUAUCGAACCUUUCGUUACAAACUCAAUCAAAUAACAAUCAAGAAUAAAUUGGCUGUUAGCUUGACUAUUUAAAUGGAAUGGUUAAUUAUUUGAAUAUAGGAGUCUUAGUUUAUGAUUAAUCAUAUAAAAUUGUUUAUAAAACACAGCAAAUGGAUAAAAUUGAAUCUAUUCUAGAAUGUCAAAAUUAAAUUGAAAAUGCUACUUAUAAUCCAAAUAAGUCUGAAUCUUAAAAUAUAGUAAAUCUUAAAUUAUUAAAUUCAAAAUAAACUGAUAAUAUAUCCUUUUUAGAGGAUAUCAAAGUUAUUGGUUAUAGUUUAAAUGAAAAUAUUAACAAAAGAACCUUUUCUUUAAAAUAGAUUAUAGAAAAUGCACAUAAUAAUGACUUCGAAUAUAAUUAUUACAAAUUCAAGAUCUUAGGACCCAAUUAGGAGAAAUUAAGAUACUAUUUAAAAUUUUCAUUAAUGAAUUAGAAAAAUUAAACUUUAUUUGUAUUUUCUUUCUAAGUAUAUUAAUUAUAAUAAUAUUUAGUUAAUAAAUGAGAAUUAUGGAGAUUUUAGAAAAGAUUAAAAGUUUAGAAAUAAUCUUAUAAGCUCAUUUAGCCAUAAAUUGAAAACUCCUUUACACGCAGUUAUAACAUAUUUAGAAACAUGUCUUAAUGAUUAAUAAAACUUAACAAAAUAGUUGAUAGAUACAUAUAUUAAACCUUGUUAUUGGAAUUCGAAGAUUUUGCUCUAUACAAUUCAAGAUAUUUUAGAUUAUGUUUCGUAUUAUUCAUAUUAGAGACAAAAUUUAAAUAUAAAAACCAUAAACAUAAUGAAAUUAAUAGCAGAAAUAAAAGAUUUAAUUAUAACAUAAUGUAGUUAGAAAAGUAUAUCAUUUAGAAUAAAUUACAAUAAUGAAGAUUUUGAUAAGAUUUUGGAGUCAAAAAAGGAUAUGUAUAUUUAUAAUAGAUUAUAAUAGAUAUUGUUUUGUGUAAUCUGAUUUAAAUAAGUUAAUGAGAAUUCUUGUGAAUUUAUUAAAUAAUGCAUAUAGAUUUACACCAUAAGGAGGUUUUAUAGAAUUAGAUGUUGAGGAAGUGAAAAAUGGAAAUUCGAGAUUAAUUUAAUUUAUUGUUUCUGAUAGUGGUGUAGGAUUAAGUUAAUAAGCUUAGGAAGAAAUUGCUAAAUAAAUGUAAAUACAUCAAUAUCAAUAAUAAAUGCGAUCACGAAAGGUAUUUAGUAUUUAAGAUAUAAUAAUAUAGCAAAGUUAAUUGUUAACUUAAUCAAUGGAUAAAGGAAAAUGUUAACAAAAUUCAAAUCAAAAAAAUAAAGUAUUAGGGAUAAGUUUAAAGAUAACUACUAAAAUGAUCUACUAAUUAAAUGGAUCUAGUCCAUUAAAAAUAGAGAGUUUGCCUGGUUAAGGAUCAAAAUUUAUGUUUUCUAUAGGUGAUUUAGAUUUGCCUAGUGGAUAAUAUCCUUAAUCUGCUAGAAGGUUAAGGAAUUAAGAAUCAUAGAAAUCUAAUAAAAUAUUAGCAGAUUUUCUAACCUUAUAAUAAGAAGUUAAUUGUGAGGUUGAGAAUGAAUAAGUAGUAGUUGGAUAAAUUAAAAAAUUAGAUAGGAUUAAACCUAGUAUGUUAAAAAGUCUAAAUACUAAUUACUUUCGAUAAAAUGCUCGUAUUACAUAAAGAAAUACAAAAUUAAUUUAAGGAUAAUCUUAAUUUAGAUAGACUUAGAAAAGGAGUAAAUAAAAUUUAGUUGAAGAAUCUGGAGCUAUAAUAGUAGUAGAUGAUGAACCAUUUAAUCAUAUUUCUUUAGAAAUGGUUCUAAAAAGUUUAGGAUAUCAUAGAAUAAUUCACUGUUAUAAUGGAUAAGAAAUAGUAGACUUUGUGAAAAGAUAAAAAAACAUCAAAAUUAGAACUGUUUUAAUGGAUGUUGAUAUGCCUGUAAUGGAUGGUAUAACAGCAACUUCAAUACUUUCUAAUUUAAUUGAAUAAGAAAAAAUUAAUCCAUUUUAAAUCAUUGCUUGUACUGCUCAUGAAGAUGAAGAAACUAAAUAAUAAUGUUAUGAAGCUGGAGUAGAAUAAAUUGUUGUUAAACCAGUCUUCUCUUCUAUUCUUAAAGACGCAUUGUAAAUCUAACAUUGA